AAUGACAGAUCAUCCAAGCUGUGAGCCAUGGCCUCCAAAAUCCAGAUGCCGGCUCCUUUGUGCCUGAUCGAGAACAGGAACAGGAAGUUGGUUGUCCAUCAGGAAGCCCUUCAGGUGCUCUCUGGAAUCCAUCAGCCCGUGGUGGUGGUGGCCAUUGUGGGCCUCUACCGAACGGGCAAGUCCUACCUCAUGAACAAGCUAGCUGGCAAGAACUCAGGUUUCCCUCUGGGCUCCACGGUGCAAGCCAACACUAAGGGAAUCUGGAUGUGGUGUGUUCCCUACCCUGGCAGACCAGACCAGACCCUUGUGCUUCUGGAUACAGAGGGACUCGGUGACGUGGAAAAGGGUGACACUCAGAAUGACUCCUGGAUCUUUGCCCUGGCUGUCCUCCUCAGCAGUACCCUGGUCUACAACAGCAUGGGCACCAUCGACCAGCACGCCAUGGACCAGCUCCAUUACGUGACAGAACUGACUGAGCGCAUCAAAUCCAAGUCUUCCCCUGAGGAGGACGCGGAGGCACUAGAAGAUUCCGCCGAGUAUGUCCGCUUCUUCCCGACGUUCAUCUGGGCCGUGAGGGAUUUCACGUUGCAGCUGGAACUGAGUGGGCAGCCCUGCACUGCGGAUGAAUAUCUGGAAAACGCCUUGAAGUUAAAGAAAGGCAUGUCUCGUGAAGUUCAGCUCUUCAACCUGCCACGCGAAUGCAUCCGGCUUUUCUUCCCCACCCGAAAAUGCUUCAUUUUUGACCGCCCCACCAAUCGAAAGAACCUCCACCGGCUGGAGGAGAUGGAGGAGAGGGAGCUGGAAUCUGACUUUGUGGAGCAAGCAAGCCAGUUCUGCCGUCAUGUCUAUAAGACGUCCAAGCCAAAAACCAUCCCAGGAGGGCACAUUGUCACUGGGCGCUUGCUAGCAAACUUGGUGGAGACCUAUGUGGACACGAUCCGCAGCGGGGGUGUGCCUUGCAUGGAGAAUGCAGUGCUGGCUCUGGCUCAGAUUGAGAAUUCGGCUGCUGUGCUCGAAGCCACUGGCCGCUACGUAGAGCUGAUGGACCAGACGCUGAAGCUGCCCACGGAGACGCUCCAGGAGCUCUUGGACAUCCAUGCGAAAUGCGAGGACGGGGCCCUUAAGGUCUUCAUGGCCCGUGCCUUCAAGGAUGACAAGCAGCAGUUCCAGGCUGAGCUGAUGCAAGUUCUGGAUCAGAAGAAGGAGACGUUUUGCCAGAAGAAUGAACUGGAAUCUUCCAGACACUGCAAGGCUGUGUUGGCACGGCUCUCUGAGGAACUGGAGGACAAGAUCAACAAGGGCUUCUAUUCCCGACCCGGCGGCUAUCAGGAUUAUUUCAGUGACCUGAAGGCCACCACAGUGAAAUACCACGAGGAACCUGGGAAAGGAGUCCUGGCAGAUGUUGUCCUGCAGCAGUUCUUCAAGGACAAGGAGGACGUGGGCAGAGCCAUCCUUCAAAGCGACGAAGCCCUCACGGAGAAAGAGAAGGAAGCUGAAGAUGCCAAGGCAAGGGCUGAGGCAGCGGAGCGGGAGAACGAGAUCCAGAAGCAGCAGCAGGCGGCGCUGGAAGAGAAGCUGGAGGAUCAGAAGCGAAGUCAUGAAGCCAAUAUUCAGCACCUGAAGGAGAAGAUGGCGCAAGACAGGGAGAAGCUGCUGGAAGAACAGAACAAGGUGAUGGAGGCUAAACUCCGGGAGCAACGGACGUUGCUGGAGGCGGGAUUCCAGAAGCACGUCGAUCAGCUAAAUGACCAGAUCGGCCAUCUGAAAAGACAAAGCGAAAGGAUGAAAAACCAGUCUUGGUGGUCUAAAAUACUGGAUGUUGCUUCAAUGGUACUUCCGGUCUUCGUGGGCAAAGGGAUAAAGCGCUUCUAAUCUGGCGGGAAGAGAGAAUUGUCUUCAGUUCGUGACAUUCUGCUAUCCCACUCUUUCACUGCUGUGCCUGCUUUUUUUGUUUAGAAUGUUGUGUUAAGGUGAGAAACGUCUUGAGGCAAGAAGUUGAACUAAUCAGCAGAGUUUUUGGGGUGGGGAAGGAAUCAAUAUAGGUCUUGAGCACUGAAAAGCAGAGCGUGGUAUAACAUUGUGCGUCUUUGAAGUAUAUUGUUUUGGUGAAAUUCCUCUGGACGCAAUUAUAAGGUGCAUUUCUGGGUAGUGUCAAGUGCUGUUGAUACUGGAACUAUCUCCCCACUUAAGACAACUCUAAUCUGACAUCAGGAAUCACAAGACUGAGAAACCUGUAGGAGAACAUGUCAGCCUUCCAGGGCAUUCAGUGGGCGACCUCAAAGUAGCUUGUUUUAUUGCAAAGGAACUUCAAGAACAGACUAGAAGGAGAAAUUGCUGAGUUGCAACUUAUUACAACACUCAGAACAAUGGAAUCCCCAGGACUUAACAGGGAUAUUGGUUUCUUGUCUCUCUACAUAUGCUAACAUCAUUCAGCCUUUAUAGCUGUAUUCUCUCACCAAUCCCCAAGAAGGGCUGCACGUUCUCUUUAUUUUAUUUGAAAUAACAGAUUAGAAGAAUGUAAUAUAACAUAAUAAUGGAAUGUAAUUUGGAAUGGUAGAUUGGAGCAGGGGAGAUAACUUUACACAGCUAAUCACUCCACUUCAAAGAAGAAGAUGCUGUAAGGUCACUUCCGUGCUUGAGGGGAGAUGGCUGGAGCAUAACGGCAGGGUCUCAGUUAAUUACUCACAGCAUUCCACAAUUAAGGAUACAUCUGCCCAUCAGUCCCCGAUUUUGACUUAUUUAUUUCCUUCACCGUGUUUCCCCCGUGAAUUAGACCCAAACAAAUGGUAACCAUAUAAAUUAAGCUCGUUCCUGUUUGGUCCUUGAAUCCGUUAAACCUCUUUGUUAUGCCGUAUGCUAAUUCACUGCUCACCCGCCUCUACCUAUAUGUAUGGACUGAUAACUUCCAUUCCGUUGUAUCUGAAGAAGUGUGCAUGCGCACAAAACUUUAUACCUCAAAUAAAACUUCU